AUGACGGGUAAGAGGACAAAGGCAACGGGAGAUAACCUGGUCAACGCAGGAGCGGCCGAAGCAGCCGGCGAAGGGGGAUCGGGCCAGAUGCUGCCAGCCAACCAAAACGACAUAGAAGCCGCCAGGGAUACUUUGAGCGGGAACAUAGACCAGCCGACUCUUCACCAGCUGCUGCUGGGCGUCCUGUCAGCAGCGCAGGCCAACGCCCCCAAAGCGCCGGCCAAGGAUCCCCGGACAGCACCGCCUCGGGAUCGCUCUCCUGACGUUGUCAUCACAAAAGACGUGACCAUCAUGCCAUCCGCAAGAGAGCAGCUAGCAGCAAUAAGGACUGAAGUUCAAGCGAACGACGCCCCGAAGCUGACAGCCCCACACGAGCAGCGGGAGCAGCUCGACGAAGGAACGCUAAUGCUGCUAGAGACUGCCAUCACCGCGCUGGAUGCGAACGAACCCCAGCUGGCCCCCCCCCCUGCCCAACGAGACAACACACAAGCGGAGACCAAGAACACCGCCAAGCGUCCCGCACCCGGCCCUGCAGAGCCCACCCGGCCCCGGACCAAGGUCGCCCGCAAAGCCCAGGAACCACAUCCAGACCCAGGAGCCCCUUCGAGGAAUGAACAAGCGGUCCCAGAAGGACCUCCCCCCCGGCCGUACUGGGGCAAGAAUCACCAAUCUGCACGGGACCACGGGGAUUUUGUGUCUUCUGCCAUCGAGGGUUUGCUGGAGUCAGAGACCAUCAAACCUUGCCAGUCCCGCCCUUUCAUGACCUGUCCCUUGGGAAUAAGGGCACGCGCGCAGACACUGCUUGGCCAGGUGCCCUUGGACGCUAACCCAAUGAUCGGGGAUCUAGCUCUGGCGUUGGCAAGCCAGGCGCACAAGGCGCGAGCUAGCAGCACAGUCGCCCAGUACAAGGAGCCAUGGCAGGAGUUCCUAGAUUGGGCAGAGCUACUACACAUUCGGGCGAGCGACAUCUACGACAUCAGGCCAGAGAUAGUGGCCAUGUACCUGAUGCACGUCUACCAAACCGUGCAAGCGGAUGAAGUAGGUCCGGGUCGCGUCGCGGGAGCGAGCGCCACUAUUGCCUGCCAUUUCUUUCUCGCGGGCCGCCCCUCACCAACGGAGCACCCAGCAUGCAACCUCGUUCGGGACCUGGGCAGGCGCACACUGCAAGGGAAGAAGCUGCACAGGGAAAGCAUGCAACCAGAGCAUGUCCGCAUGUUGGCCGCUCACUUCGCUGGGCCGGAUGCCUCACUGCCAGACCUGAUGAUGGUAGCGGCCAUAUCGGUUAUGUUCGCGGGUUUCCUGAGGUUCAACGACCUAGCCCACAUCUCCGUCAAGUCUGAUCUGCUCACCCUGCACGACACUCACAUGGCCAUCACACUGCCUAGGUCCAAAACGGACCAGGAGGGCAAAGGGCAGACCAUCCGGAUUGCGCGCGUGGGGGGCGUGGCCUGCCCAGUGGGCUUGACAGAGAGGCUGCUGGCGCUUGGUAACUAUGUCCGUGUCCCCAGUUCCCCCGUGGAGGAUGUGGGUCCGCUGCUGCGCAGGGUUAAGGCGACACAGCAAGGCCACCAGCUGCAGCAGAGGACCGGCUCUGUUCAGUCACCGAUCCCCAGCCUCAGCUAUACCUCCUUCCGGGAGAAGCUCGCUGCCAUGUGCAGCGCCGUGGGCAUCAAGCGCGGCAUCAUGCCACACUCCAUGCGCAUCGGGGGAAACAGCGCGGCAGCAGCCAGAGGGGUAUCUGAAGAAGCCCGCAGGCCCACGGUCGCUGGAAGACGGACGCAAUGGUGCAGCUAUAUACCCGGCUGGGAGACGAUGCCGCACUGGAAAACACGCGCAACCUGGGCCUCGCCUGAGUCAGAGGGCCCCUCUUGCUAUCUUUUCGGUCUGCAGUAG